AUGUCGCUCUUUCUCUUUCCCGCUCCCUUUCAUCUGGCUUUUCGGGAUUCCUAUGCAGCCAUCAUCGUCGACGCCAACAUCGUCAUCCAUACCAACAACGUCACCGUCACCAGUACCAUCAUCGUUAUCUCCAUGAAUUCGAGCAUCGUCAACAAAAGAGACGAACUGCAGAGUACUGUAUACCAAGAAGAACCAGAUGUAAUAAGCAUUGUAGAGACAUGGCUAAACGAUAAGAUAUCAGAUGCUGAGAUACAAAUUCCUGGUUAUCAAGCCACCCGACUAGAUAGGCAAAACAGACCACAUGGAGGUGUUCUAUUGUACACCAAGGAAGGAAUAGAAGUACAUCCAAGAACAGAUUCUGAGCUAGAUAUCUACGACGAAGCACUAUGGUGUGAUAUCACUAGCCAAGGCACAGAACUAGAUUUGUUAAUUGGUAUUGUGUACAGAAGCCCCAACAAUACAAAUGAACAGAAUGACAACCUGAACAAAGCCCUAUAUCUGCUAAACAAAGAACAGAAAGACAUCUUGAUUAUGGGUGACUUCAACUAUCGUGAUAUUAAUUGGGAAACGAUGCAAGCAGGCUCAGGCAAGUCAGAAGCAUUUUUGGACGUUAUUAUGGACAACCUGUGGACUCAACAUGUGUCAGCACCGACGAGACAAGAAUCACUCCUGGACCUUGUGAUCACAUCAAACCCUUGUGCAAUCGAUGAAGUUGAAAUCAUAGCACACCUGGGAAAUAGUGACCAUAAUAUGCUACGAUGGGAUACAAACUACUUUGUAAAUCAGAAUAACAUGGUACCUAAACGAGACUUUAAAUCUGCCAACUUUGAUGCAAUUAAAUGUGAAUUAGAGGAGAUUGAUUGGAAUAACAAACUAAACAACAAAUCAGCUGAACAGGCAUGGAAUGAAACUAAAGCUGUGCUACAUCAGCUAAUAUAUGACUAUGUACCUACAAAACAACACAAAAAGAAGAAGACAUUGUGGCUCACAAGGAGAGCACAGAAAUCGAUUCGCCGUAAACACAGAGCAUGGAAACGAUAUAAAGCCCAGAAGUCAACCCAAAGAUUUGAGCACUAUAAGCAGUGCCAGAAAGAGGCAAAGCAUGAAGUAGAAGUGGCAAAGAAAAACUUUGAGAAAAGACUAGCUGAGAAUAUAAAGGAAGAUACCAAAAGCUUCUAUGCAUAUGUGAGAACAAAACAGAAGGUUAAGGAUUCCGUCGGGCCUCUUAAGAAUGAAGCUGGUGAAACAAUUAACCCAGGAGUUGAUACAGCUAAUGCCCUCAACAACUAUUUUAUAACGGUGUUUGCAGACGAGAAAGAGGAAGCACCCAUUCCUGAAACAAUAUUCCAAGGACCCAGUGACAUGUUUCUGAAAGACUUCUUGAUAUCGGAUGAAUGUGUCAGAAAGAAACUGGAAGCUCUUGAUCCAACUAAAGCUGCUGGACCAGAUGAGAUACCUCCAGUCAUUCUUACAACUCUGGCAAACCAAUUAUGUGUACCCCUAGCCUACAUAUUCAACAAAUCCUUAGAGGAAGGAAUAGUACCAACAGAUUGGAAACUUGCCCAUGUUAUCCCAAUUUUCAAAAAAGGAUCAAGGUCUAAGCCUAACAACUAUAGACCGAUCAGCCUAACUUCAACAGCUGGGAAAGUUAUGGAAAGCAUAAUCAGAGACAAGAUAACUGAACACAUUGACAAACACAAGCUUAUCUAUGACACUCAACAUGGCUUCACCAAAGGAAGGUCAACAACAACAAACCUGCUGGAGUAUCUCGAAAUCAUCACAAAGAGAGUCGACGAGGGUACGCCAGUUGACGUUGUCUACCUCGAUCUAGCAAAAGCGUUUGACACUGUACCACACAAAAGACUAAUCAGGAAAAUUGAAGCACACGGGAUCGGUGGCAAGUUACUACAAUGGAUCAAAUGUUGGCUCAAUGAUCGUAAACAAAGAGUUAGUACACAAGGAGCAGAAUCCGAUUGGAAGGAAGUUACCAGCUCAGUUGUUCAAGGCUCUGUGCUGGGCCCAAUCUGUUUUUUGAUGUAUGUAAAUGACAUGGAUAUUGGAAUCAACAAUGACUCUACAAUCAGCAAAUUUGCAGAUGAUACCAAGCUUAUACACGCUGUACAAACUGACGAUGACAUACAAGGUAUGCAACAGUCGAUCAAUCACCUUGAUAGAUGGGCAGCAAAAUGGCUGAUGAGAUUCAAUAUAGACAAGUGUGGUGUGAUGCAUUUUGGAUCCAAAAACCCUAACCAAGUGUAUUCACUGAAUGGCUCUGCACUAAAAGAAACAGUCGAAGAGAAAGAUCUUGGGAUUCUUGUCAAUAAAUCACUAAAAGUUGCUUCCCAAUGUGCAGCAGCGGCCAAGAGAGGCAAUAUGGUACUAGGGAUGAUCAAGCGCAACUUUACAUAUAAAAACAGACAAGUGAUCAUGAAACUGUACAAAUCUCUGGUACGACCACAUUUGGACUAUGCAAUGCAGACCUGGAACCCCUACCUAGCAAAGGACAAAAAAAUACUGGAGAAGGUCCAAGCAAGAGCUACGAAAAUGAUCCCAGAUAUCCAUGAUCUACCCUAUGAAGACAGGCUCGCCAGACUAAACCUUACUACGUGCAGCUUUAGACGCGGGAUCGUCUUCAUAUUCAUUUGUACAUUAUUUAGGAUUAAUCAAAUAAAAGCACAAUUAAUGGAAACUGUGGAAUGCCCUGGAGACAUCCGGUUAGAAGAAAACGAUUUGCCUGGUUGGGAUAUAAUUCGAAUGUUUGAAUUGGACUCGUCCACUGUUCAAGGGGUUAGAGUAGUGUCUGGAUCAGACGAUGUGCAGAGGGCAUAUAGACUUCUCAAGAACCAUGAUAUCAGAGAACCUACAAGUAACCAGUUUCAACAAGGUCUCCCAGACGAGUUUUCAUUCGUAUCCACCUUCAAACUGACUGAUCGAACAGGAGAUGACGAGGAUUGGUGGUUAUGGCUGAUCCGUGACAGAGCUGGCACUCCGCAAAUUGGCAUCAGGUUGAUGGGAGAGGAGAAAGCCCUUCAAUUCAUCUAUGUAAAUGAGCUAGGUCAACUCGAGAAUGUCCGCUUCGACAACGCCAUGAUGCUGUUCGAUAGGAACUGGCACAAACUCCACAUGGCCAUCAGUAAGAAUCGACUCGAUCUAUUCGUAGACUGUCUGUCUAUCGGGUCAGUCCAGUUGAGUCCCAGGGGUCAAGUCGAUACCUUAGGAGAAACCCUCAUCGGGAGAAAGUUCAGCAACGGAGGGGGACCAGUGCAGUUUAUUCUACAAUGGAUGAUUAUUCAUUGCGACCGCACCUUCCCAACUCGUGACCAUUGCUCAGAAAUAUCGCAAGGACCUCAGGCGACAGAAGAGCCUAAAACUUGCUCUGUGACCUGCCCAGAAGGACCACCAGGACGACAGGGUGAUCCGGGUUUGCCUGGACCAGCGGGUCAGUUGGGACGUCCCGGUAUCCCGGGCCGCAUCGGGUCAACCGGGCCGAAGGGAGAGAAGGGAAGUGAAGGAUAUAGGGGGCAACCAGGUCCUAUUGGUCCAGUAGGCAUCCAAGGUCCAAGGGGAUCUCCGGGACCUGGCGGGCUCAACGGUGACCCAGGAAGAGCUGGACCUAAAGGAGAAAUGGGACCCAAUGGACUACCAGGUUUGCCGGGCGUUCCAGGUGAACAGGGACCACGUGGUUAUCCCGGCCCACAGGGCGAUCAAGGACGACCUGGAGAUACGCCCACAAGAGAGCAAUUGAUCGAUAUUGUCGUUAGUAUACCGGGCCUACAGGGCGAACCUGGUCCGCGGGGAUUACCGGGUAUCGACGGUGUCAAGGGAGAGAAAGGAACUCGUGGAGAAUAUGGCUACAGAGGUGUUGAGGGACCAAAGGGUAUCCGAGGAGAAAAAGGCCAAAAGGGAGUCUUUGGUGAACCGGGACCGCCCGGGCCACCUGGUACUUUGGGUGAUAUCAACAUACUGGAGAUCACGGGAACAGAGAGUCAGUUGAUUCCAGGACCACCAGGACCCCCUGGAGUUCCCGGUAUACCGGGAGACCCGGGAGCACAGGGAUUCGGCGGGUCACCAGGUGAAAGGGGGCCGAAAGGGCUCGCGGGAAUAAAGGGAGAAAAGGGAUCGGCAGGUUCCCGAGGGCCAAGAGGAGACGCGGGACUAACGGGAGAGCCUGGACCGGGAGGACCGCCUGGACCUCGUGGGGAUAAAGGAAGUACUGGUCCACAAGGUCCACAGGGAUUGUUUGGACCAGAGGGUGAACGAGGACCAGCUGGAUUGGUCGGACCAAGGGGUGUUCCUGGACCUCAAGGAGAACCAGGGCCAAGGGGCUUCAAAGGAACUACAGGAAGUGUUGGAUUCCCAGGAUUCAAGGGAGAUAAGGGAAGUACAGGUGAUCUUGGUCUACCGGGAAUAGCUGGACCCAAGGGAGAGAAGGGUGACAAAGGUGCGACUGGCCUUCGUGGGAUAGCUGGACUAGCAGGACUUAAUGGUAACCCUGGACCGGUUGGAGAUCAAGGGGAACAGGGCAUACAGGGUAACAAAGGUCAACCUGGUGAGCGGGGAGCUCGGGGAGAGAAAGGAGACGAGGGUCUUCCGGGUGCAAGAGGUUUGACUGGAUUGAGAGGGCCCAAGGGAGACGUAGGGAAUACCGGUUAUUCGGGACUCCCGGGAAAAGACGGCGAUCCCGGUCCAAGGGGUCCUCAAGGUCGUCAAGGAGUCAAGGGAAGUAAUGGAGAGGUGGGAGAUCGAGGUCCAACCGGAUUGAUUGGCUUACCUGGAAGAAGAGGUCCCAAAGGAGAGGUCGGAGAGACCGGCAACACCGGUCCUGCCGGUCGGAACGGCAAAGAUGGACAGGCUGGUCCCAUGGGCCCCCGCGGACCGAAAGGGGAGCGAGGUGACAACGGUGACCCGGGUAGUACCGGCCCCCAGGGUCCCCGGGGAGUACAGGGGUAUGUAGGUGGCAGAGGAGAGAAGGGCGGUAAAGGUGACCGCGGUCUAGCAGGAGCAAACGGGCAGAAUGGAAUACCUGGUUUGACUCCAACCCAAGACGAAAUAUUGCGACUCAUUGAGAGAUACUUUCAAAACAAUAUCGAAAGCUUUGAGCAGCGGUUCCGUGGUCCGCCUGGCCCACCAGGUGAGAGCAUCCAAGGCGAGCCUGGUCCGCCCGGUAUCCUGGGUGUGAUGGGACCGUCAGGCCCAAUGGGACUCAGAGGUAACCCAGGAUCUAUGGGAAGACCAGGGAACAUCGGCGGCGUCGGAGCACCGGGAGAAAGAGGUCCGCGUGGUCCAAGAGGAGAGAAAGGCGACAGAGGACAGGGAUACACUGGUCCGGCAGGGGCACCAGGAGAAAGAGGUCUACCGGGUAAACCGGGUGUCGGGCGUCCAGGCAAGGACGGUCAGUCCGGCUUUCCCGGUCCGGCCGGGGUACCCGGAGAGAGGGGUGAGACCGGUAAAAUCGGUCCACCCGGAUACUGCGAGUACUGCAACUACGCCCCGGGUACCUACCCGUUCCAGAUACCCCCAGCGGUGGAUCUAAAUAGCAAGGGUUAGCUUAGGAUAAAACGGGGUGGCUGUAAAAACAUCAUUUUUACUUAAGAAAAUAAUUAUCGUCAGUGAUAAGAAUUGAAAUGGACAAAAUACCUUCAAAUGUGUCAAACAUGAGUGUGUAGACUUAAAAUCCCGAUGCCGAUACUGUAGAAAAUAUGGUAUUGGAAACAACACCAUUCGUUGUUCUGAGACGACCUCUCCAAGCCAGCGUUAACAUACACCACUGAGUUUGAACACAUCACAACACAAAAAAGUGUUCUAAUGACACAUAGACUGUGCUAUAACAGUUUUAUAAUAAUGUGUUGAAAUAACGCCAUAAAUCUAACACCGACAUGACUGGUAAAAAUGUUUGGUUUGGUCUUCUUAGAACAUCUGCCGGUGUCAUUUUAACUCCAAUAUUUUCCAGUCUAUUACAUGUAUUUCAUUUUGUUGUUAAGCAUUAAUCUGUACGCUUUUGUACGUUAAUAUAGCCGAUGCAAGGUAUAAACUCUGUAAUAUGGAAUACAAGCAUACCCCAAAAUUAUAGAAACGCUUUGAUUUUUAAUUUCGAGUAGCUUUUCUGCCCUCGGAUAUGUAUUUUUGAUUCUUUAAACAUAUUAAAAAGUCGACAACGGGACCAAUACCCUAUUUCAUGUAUUGUUAUAGGCUAACAUACCCCUUGGUAAAGUUAUGUUGUUAUUUUUUGGUGAUUGGCGUUUCUACGUUGCUUGCUGAACAAAAAGUUUGUGUAAAUAUUAUUUCUGAAUAUUGUGUGUGUAGGCAUCAUAAGAAGUGUUAAUCCAAUCAAUAUUACACUUUGUAUUUGAUUCGUAGGUUUGAAAAACAAUAUUUUUUUUCUUUUCAUUUUUGUUACGAAUUUGUGCAAAGUAAUUUACUUUUAGCCAAUCGCUCUCAACUUGCUAAAAUGUGUGAUCCAAAUGAAAAAUAAAAUUAACAAUGCAAGCAGCUGUUGAGUCCCUACAUCUGUUUAUAUUGACAUCUACUCUUAUCAAAUAGUCUGUAAGAUGACGUCAUUGCAAUGAUAAUUGGAAUACUUGAAA